AUGAUGCGCCCUCUUCAGCUUGUGAUCAAUGUCGAUAUCGUAAGAUCAAGUGCGAUAGGCUUCAACCAGAGUGUUCUAGCUGUCAUAAAACCGGCAUCUCGCGAUGAUUUUACUACCGUCCUAGAGCGUCUUGACGGAGUUGAUCAGACCUUAAGCGCCCUCACUAAAAUCACCGAACAACUUGCCGCUCGAACAUUCACAUCCAACUCGAAUUCCUCUCCUCCUACUUCAUCUUUACCUCAACCAACACAGACCUCGAGUAAUGAUGAAGGUAGUGCCAUUUUACCAAGCGCGCAGAGAGAUCGACCUGGACAGGUGGCCGAGGAUGGAUGUCGACAUGAAACUAUAAGUUUAGGCCAAGGGAGCGAACGGAUUUAUAGCUAUCCUGCGGCUAUUCCUUUACUUGUAUCGUUAUCGAAGCAAUUAGCUCAAGUUCUCGUCGAGCACGGUGGUGAACAAGACGGCAGUGUAGACGCGAUUGUUAAGGACCCAGCGUUGCGAAUUGCUCUUCGACGACAGCUUCAAAACUUCCCCUUCCCACAAUGUCAGCAACCCGUCGUAGCGAGCGACCACAAGCCUAUCACCGCUCCACCACGCUUUUUGGUUGACUUGUUUGUUAAUAACUUCUUGCGCAAUAUCAACAUCCGCUUUCCAAUAUUCGAAGAGGCAGUACUUUAUCGUGCUAUCGAUAUGUAUUAUUCGGGCGAGUCGUCAGGCGAUACUAACGCUUGGACAUCCAUAUUCAACAAUAUCGUUUUACUUGGUUUGGGCCUCGAGGUGCAGGUAGCGGAAGCUACCCAGUCUAAUACAAGGAAUAUGAACAAUGACCUACUUCCUUCUUUCUUACAGAACUGCGACCGUGCUAUAGCUGAUCUCGACUCUUUCACAUGUCCAUCUAUAAUUAAUGUUCAAGCGCUCAUAAUGUUGGUAUGUUACAACAACUCUCCCAUAUUUCUCUAUUCGUACUUGAAAACGGACCUCUAA